AUCCUGGCCUCAUGCGCAUCUGCCCUAUCUCCUUCAUCCUUCUCCGCCAUCCUCCAACAACCCACCUUCGAAGGACACACUCCCAUAUACUGGGCCAUUCUCAACCGCCACACCCACAUCCUCCCUGAUAUACUCCAAUACGCAGGUCCGCUCAACAAUGCCUGCGUUGCAGACAUCCGUCUUGCCUGUCUUGCGAGUGGCGAUCAGCUAUUGUUUGGGAAGCUUCGCAGGGGAGAGUUGCCUUGGCCUGACGCACAAGAUCCAGACGCCCUCGUUCUAGGCUCCACAUCCGCGGAUGACAUCGACGUCCGUGAGGUCGAUGGUGAAGCUGCCUUUAGCGCAUCUAUCAAAAUUCGUCUCUGGCAAAAACGAAUGCGCGUUGCUGGCGUGGUAGGUGUAGAGUUCAUUGCACGAGGACGAAUAUGGUCACUCAUUUUCUUCUCUUCCCCCUCCCCUUCCCCCUCCUCUGGCUCUCUCUCAACUCGUAGUGCGGGGACUGGACCUUGGCAAGUCGCACUCGGUCUCAUGGAGCACAGCCCACCUACGUUUGUAGAUGGAAGGCUCGUCAUCGACGUCUUUCGUCCUCUUUCAUCCUCAAUACCAGACUCCCCCGAAUCGUCUUCACCCGCACACUCAAGAUACCCAUUUCUUCCCUCAACACCUAUACCUACCUCGCCUACGCAAGCAAAAACCACCUGUGGCGAUACGACUUCAAUCUAA